AUGGUGACGGACUCCAUCCUUCAGCGCAGUGACAGCAGCAGCAGCUACGUUCACAUCAGAACCUCCAGAAUGUACGGCUUCAUUAACACGUGUUUGAGGACGUUAGUGGUCGAGAGGUUUGGAGAAGAGACGUGGGAGCAGCUCAGGUUACUGGCAGAAGUCCAAGACACCUUUAUGACGUAUGAAAUUUACGAUGAUAUCAUCACUAUUCGUCUGGUGCAAGAGGCUUGCAAAAUGCUGGAUGUUUCUUCCGAGGUGGUGCUGAAGUUGUUUGGAGAAUAUUUCUUCAGCUUUUGUAAGAUGUCGGGCUAUGACGCCAUGCUGCGCACACUCGGUGGAAAUUUGAUUGAAUUCAUUGAAAACCUUGAUGCCCUCCAUAGUUACCUGGCGCUAUCUUAUCAGGAGAUGAACGCUCCUUCUUUCCGUGUGGAGCGAACACAUGACGGCAGGACCCUUCUCCACUAUUACUCAGACAGGAAAGGACUGCACCACAUAGUUCCUGGCAUAAUUGAAGCAGUGUCGAAGGAUUUCUUCGGCAGUAACGUGACCAUGAGCAUCCUCGAGCAGCCGGAGGAGGCGGAGCGCACGGGAAAGAGGGAGCAUGUCAUUUUCCUCAUGACACAAACCAGCGAGAGGAUAAAGGAUGAAACCCAAGCUAAAGAAGAUGACGGUCGAGAGCAGAGAGCGGUCGUGGACAUGGUUGAGUCAGGUAGGACUACCUGUCGGAGUAGUCAGGUGUGUCACACGAAUAUGUGUGUGUGUGUGUCAUAAUUGCAUGCAUUUGUUUAAACACACCACGUAAUACAGAUCUUUUAUCUUUCCAUUCCAGAGAGCAUCCUUCACGCGUUCUGCCCCAGCUACCCGAAGAGACUGUGGAUUGAUGAGAGAUCCUUCUGCAAUGCUUUCCCCUUUCAUAUCGUGUUUGACCAAGAUCUGAUUGUAAAACAGACUGGCGUGAACAUACAGAAGUUCGUGCCAGGGCUGCAACAGGCAGGGAUCCGUCUGGACGAAUGCUUCAGCGUGGUCCAUCCUGAAGUAACACUCAACAUCUACAGCAUCAAGAAGUUCAUCAACAGCCAGUUUGUACUGAAGACUAAAAAGGAGAUGCUUCCACAACGAUUCCAAAACCAGUCUAUGCUCAAAUUACGAGGUCAGAUGGUAUGGAUGGAGUCUCUGCAGUGUAUGGUAUAUCUCUGCUCUCCUAAGCUGCGCAGUCUGCAGGAACUGGAGGAGCGCGGCCUGCACCUGGCCGACAUCGCUCAGCACGACACCACGCGUGACCUCAUCCUGCUCAACCAGCAGCGGCUGGCCGAGAUCGAGCUCUCCAACCAGCUCGAGCGUAAGAAGGAGGAGCUGCGCAUUCUCUCCCGCCACCUGGAAAUUGAGAAGAAGAAGACCGAGACACUGUUGUACGCCAUGCUGCCACAUCAUGUCGCUAUACAGCUCAAAGAGGGCAAGAAGGUGGAGGCAGGUGAGUUUGAGGUGUGCACUAUACUCUUCAGUGAUGUGGUCACCUUCACGAACAUCUGCGCAGCCUGUGAGCCCAUCCAGAUCGUCAACAUGCUUAACGCCAUGUACUCCAAGUUCGACCGCCUCACUAAUGUCCACGAUGUCUACAAGGUGGAGACGAUUGGCGAUGCUUAUAUGGUGGUCGGUGGCGUGCCCAUUCCCAAGGACACACACGCUGAGCGUGUGGCGAACUUCGCCUUGGGCAUGAGGAUUUCUGCCAGGGAGGUGAAGAACCCUAUCACAGGACAGCCAAUACAGAUCAGAGUAGGUCUACACACUGGGCCUGUGCUUGCUGGUGUCGUCGGUGAAAAAAUGCCUCGCUACUGUUUGUUCGGAGACACGGUCAAUACCGCAUCCCGAAUGGAGAGUCAUGGAGUCCCUGACCAUAUCCACCUGAGUCCUUUCACCUACAGUGUUCUGAAGGAUAAGCAGUUUGAGAUUCGUGAAAGAGGUGAAAUCCAGGUGAAGGGCAAAGGUCUGAUGACCACCUACUUCCUGCUCCAGAACCUCGAGCUGUCUGAGGAGCAGAUCAUGGGCAAAGGGGAAGAUACUUGUGUGUACAGAGAUGACCAUAAGGAGGUGACACAAGCCACAGACGAUCAAAUAAGAGAAGUGGAAGAAGAGAGGAAGUCUGCUACCAAAGAGCAAAACGGAAGCUCCUCCCCCUAUCUUUCUUCCGAUGACCCUUCACCACUUCCUGUCAUGGAUUCCCCUGCUGCAGACUCUCCUCAUCAUGAUGUACUUCAUUACGUGCCCGAUUACUCAGAACCCGUAAAGACAGACCUUCCCGUCAUCAACUCCCGUCACUGCACGCUCCUUUAAAUGGCACGACACGCACGCCUUGCACGUUUCCGUUAGUCACACAGCAGACACAAAUCCCAUCAACUAUUUUAUUCACUUUUUUAACACACUAGUAUGAGACUGGUCAAAUAAUACAGAUCUGAAAAGGUUGAUAGUACAGAUUAUUACGCUUUGCUGGGUAAACGCUACGUUUAUGUAUGUUUAUGUACAUGCUACGGAUGCACGGACCUGAUCAGGGCAGAUAUCUGCCUGAAAUCCUCGACUGACGAAGAACUUGCAGAUUUCCGAGAGCUGGUACCAAGAACCAGCGAGAUCUUUGACCUUUGACGCUGGUAUUGUAUCAGAACGCGAGAUCGGUCCACCUCCACUGCGUACAUUUGCAUCAAUUAUUUAUUUAUUUAUUUAAUGGUCUGUUAAUGCAGCUUGUUUAUAGGUCCAGGUGGCGUUAGCAGGCAUCUGUUACUUUUCAUCAACUGAAUUAUAAAGAAUUUCUGUCAUUUUUCUGCACUCAAAUAACGUGUUCAAACCUGUAUAACACUAGACUGCAUCAAAAAAUGACUGUAUAGCUACUGUCAAUGUUUCAGUCUUUCUUCUCUUUUGAUCAAACACGUGCGUUCGCUCGGCCUGUCCUGAUACCAUUAUAAGUGCAAAGCAGAUGAAAUCAUCAUGACUAUAUAUCAGAGAUGAAGCCUUCGGUACAUAGUGAG